AUGGCUCAGCAGUGUCCGAAGAGACAUGCCGCCGGCAGCCAUGCCGGAUACCUACCUAUCGAGGACUAUGGAAUGAUCGGCAACAUGCACACAUGCGCGCUCGUCGGCAUGAAUGGUUCGGUUGAUUUUAUGUGUUGGCCCGACUUUGACUCCCCUACCGUCUUCUGUCGUCUCCUCGACAAGGACAAAGGAGGCUUCUUCAGCAUCUGCCCUCCCGCAUCCAAGCAUUGCACGACAAAACAGCAGUACCUCCCAUCCUCCAACAUCCUUCAGACGAGAUACAUCCAUGAUGACGGCGUCGUCGACCUCGUAGACUUCUUCCCCCGCCCAAAGACGGCCACCGUUCUGGCCAAGAGCAACCGGCAGAGCGCCUUUCGCGAGACCACCAAGAUCCAGGAGGAGCUUAAGAAAUGGCUUGUUCGCCGCGUCGAGUGCAUCCGCGGCCGUCUGGAGAUGGAUAUUGAGCUCUUCCCCGCCUUCCAAUACGCCACUGAGCCCCAUGUCACCACAAUCGUACAGCAGACACACACGCGCGACAACCCCAGCAAGGCCGUGACCUUCCACAGCGAGCACUACAAGCUCCAGCUCGACGUCACGGUCGACGCCGAGUCCGACGAGGGGGCCACCGCCGCAGCCGCCGCACCAUCCGUCACCUUCACCAAGGAGAAGCGCGACGGCAUGCUCGGCGAGGGCGUGGUCGCGCACAUUGCGAUCGAGGAGGGCCAAGCCAUCUCGUUCGUGCUGCGCAACGACAUCCCGGACCACGUCACGGAGGACAUCACCACGGCGGCCCUCGACGGCCAACAGCACGACACGCAGUCGUUCUGGUACAACUGGAUCUCCAAGAGCAGGUACAAGGGCCGCUGGAGGGAGGUGGUCAACCGGAGCCUGAUGCUGCUCAAGAUGAUGACCUACGAGCCGACGGGGGCCAUCAUCGCCGCCCCGACGUUUUCAAUCCCUGAGGACAUUGGAGGUGUUCGCAACUGGGACUACCGCUUCUGCUGGGUCCGCGACUCCAGCUUCACAAUCUACAUCCUCCUCCGUCUGGGCUUCUCGGCGGAAGCGGACGCGUACAUGGACUUCAUCAGCGAGCGCUUCAUCAAGUCGCGCGGCCCCGGCGGCGAGCUGCCCAUCAUGUUCACCAUCCGCGGCGAGACCGAGAUCCCGGAGGUCGAGCUCUCCCACCUCGAGGGGUAUAGGGGCAGCAGGCCCGUCCGCAUCGGCAACGGCGCCGCGUUCCACCAGCAGUUCGACAUCUACGGCGAGCUCAUGGACGCCAUAUACUUGUACAACAAGUACGGAAAGCCAAUCAGCUGGGAUCAGUGGUGCUCCGUGAGGGAGAUGCUGGACUUUGUUCUCACAAUCACAGACAAACCCGACAUGUCCAUCUGGGAAGUCCGCAACAACAAGCAAAACUUCACCUACUCCAAGGUGAUGCUCUGGGUCGCCUUCGACCGCGGCCUUCGCUUGGCGGACAAGCGCAACUUCCCCUGCCCCAACCGCAGCAAGUGGCUCGAGGCCCGCGACAACCUCAUGGAGGAGAUCAUGGACAAAGGCAUGCCCUUCGCUAACACGUGCUACAACAAGGAGAUGAAAUCCUUCGUCCAAAGCUACGAGAACAACACAAUGAUCGACUCCUCCAUCCUCAUCGCCCCGCUGGUCUUCUUCAUCGCCCCCAACGACCCGCGCUUCCUCAACACAAUGGACCGCAUCCUCCUGCCCCCGGAGAAGGGCGGCCUGACCAGCACCGGCCUCGUCUACCGCUACGACACGGAGCUCUCGGAAGACGGCGUCGGCGGGCGCGAGGGCGCCUUCAGCAUGUGCACCUUCUGGCUCGUCGAGGCCAUGACCCGCGCCUCCGUCUACGAGCCAAAGUACCUCGUCCGCGCCGUCAACCUCUUCGAGAACAUGCUCAGCUUCUCCAACCACCUGAGCAUGUUCUCCGAGGAGAUCGCCCGCAGCGGCGAGCAGCUCGGCAACACGCCCCAGGCCUUCAGUCACCUGGCCCUCAUCAGCGCCGCCUUCAACCUCGACCGUGUCACCGAGUUUAUGCGGUAA